GAAGAACAAUAUGUUUGAUGAGUCCUAACAACCUCAAUUACUAGCGAUGCAACUCGAAGAUAUAUAAGUCGUGUUGUUUAAAGUGUAAUCCAUAUCAAGAGGUAUUGGCGCUGACGGUAACAACAGCUUGUUACAGCGAAUUUGUUAUUCAAACAAACCUUGGUAAUUGUAUCGACGAUUUACACAUGGCAAACCUAAGGAUUUUCCUGGUUCUCACGCUGUCGCUGGGUGUUUCCCUGGCUCUUGACGGAAUUGAAAAUUCCCGUGACAAAACUGCCCCUAACAAGUGGAGCUUCUUAAAGCGAAUCGGGAGCAGGAAAUCAGAGGAUUCAACCAAAAGAAACCAGCUUCCCAACACAGUUACUACCGUUCAAUCCGAUGACUACGGAGACCACUUUCAUGGUUUGUGUCAUGAACACCAUUCCCACAAACCCCUAGAAAACAUUUGGAUCGGCAACAAAAUGUUUCGGCCAGCGCAGCGAUAUGUUCCUGAAAAGCGGUGCUCUACGAACGUGGAUGACUCUGACGUUUAUAUGUUUGAAGACAAACCCCAUCAGAUCUGUACUGUAAAGGAAUCUGUUACUUAUUUUUGCCAUACACUAACUGAGGAAAGAACUGUCGUAUACUGGGGAUUCUCACCCCCUUUUGUCCAAAGGCGAAAAGAAACUUUUGACAGCGGAUGUGGAUGUGUUUUUGCUAGUGAUCUCUAGUCGAUAAGCUCUUGAGGUACUCUUGAACCCAGAUCUCACCCGUGACUAUAGCUGAUCGUGGGAGAUCUGGUUACCGAGGGAAUCCCUGAGCUUAAUAUUUUUUUCUAAAUAACCCCCCCCCCCCCCCCCACGGAUUAUACUGAUUUAGGGCUUAGACGUUUUACCAUUCGUAGUUACUUCCUAUCUGUAAAGUGAAUAAAAUUAGUCAUGUAACUCAAGUAAGCAAAAUAAUAUACAGUACAUUAUGUUCCGUUCGAUCAUUAUUACAAUAUAUGAAUUAUCUAAAUUAUCAUUUGACCAAAGUUAAUCUGGUCAGUGAUAGAGUUCAUCCUUAGUAAAUUAGAAAUAUUUCAUAGUUCAGCUUGUGAACUUUCACCUAAUUUUCAAUAGCGGAUUGUAGGUGACGUCGCCCCCUUCCACAGUCGCCUUAGGUUCCGACGCCCUCUAGUUUAUAAAGUUCCAUCGCCCCAACUUUUGACAUAAGUUAAAUUAACAUUUUGAACGUAUUUUCACACAAGUUUAAAGGCGGGAGGUUCGUCAGCUCGAGUUUCAAAAUCUUUAACCAAUAUUACGCAACAUUGCGAUCAUUGGUUGAGGGUUUCGAACCUCCAAGCUUAAAAACUGAUAUCAAGACACGUUUGAAACAUUUAGUGAAUUUGAGUCAAUAAUUGGAUGGGGGAGGGGACGCAACGGAACUCGGGGACGACCGUGCAGAAUGGCGACGCUACCUAUGACCUCGACAGUGCAUAGGCACUGUUACUGAUUUAGUAAGGAAGGUGUGAAUUAUCAAUAAAACUAUACCGUGACAAGA